AUGGCUGUCGUGGAGGGCGAGUGGCUCAUCAAGCUGGAGCGCGGCUGGAGUACCUGGAUCGUGGGAGAGCAGCCCUUCCGUGGAGCCCCGGAGACGUUCCGCUACAUGUUCGGCAAGACGGAGUUCCAGGUCGAGUUUCAGAAUGAGGCCGAAGGCACCUCCACCAAUCUUUCAACGGGCAAGUCCCGGCCCUUGUGCUUCGUGGCCAAGGGCCAGGCGCCACCUUCCGACGAAGACGCCCCACCACCCCAGUCUCAGACACAGGCUCUGAUCUCGGAGGACAAGCCUAUGCAGACCACCAAGGUCGACAGCAACCUGCCCACUUGCUGCUACCUCGCAACGAGCGGCACCCAAUCCUACGAAGGAGAGUUCCAGUGGUUGAUUGAGCUGGAGAAGGGCUGGAGUCCAUGGAUGCCAGGGAAUGCACCCUUUGAUGGCAACACGGAUGAGCCUUUGCGCUAUACCCUUGGCAGGUAUGACUUCGAGGUCCACUUCGAGGAUGAGAGCCACGGCACUCAGACUAACCUUACCAGCGGCAAGGUGCGACGGAUCCAGCGCCUGCGCAAGGGAGAGGCCGUUCCUGCUUGGGAGGGCACAGGCAUCCGGCGCCGGCCCGCGAAGGCCGGCGCAGCCGAGAUCGCUCAGGCCCCGGCAGCAUCUGCAGCUAUGGCCGCGCAAUCGAACCGGGCGGUCAGGCGCACGGCCGGAUAUCCUGCAGCCCCUGACUCCACGGGCGCACCCGUGAAGAGCGCGCAGAAGUUUGCUCUCCGCACAUCCAAGCCAGCAGCAGCUGCAAGACCACAAGUGUCCGAGGCUGCGCACAAGGCAACCACCGCACCAGCCGCCACGAAAGCUCCGACAACCACAGGGGGCGGCAACGUUCCUCGCUUCAUGCGGCCACUGAAGUCGAAAGCCUGA